UACAUAUUUUUUUAUUAGGCGCUUAAAAAUUACUUCUAUUUUGUUUAUGUUUCAGCAAUCACAAGAAAAACACCAUCAGAAAAUUAUUUAUGCUCCUAGAUCAUAUAUUUCAAAAAUAUCUGAUUUUAAACAAACUAAAUUGCAACUUAUGGGGAAUAAUACGACAUCUAAUUAUACGAAAUUAGGGCCUUUAAAACCAGUAGAUGCGUCUAGUCUCAAUAUUCAUCCAAUAUCUAAAAAUCAGAAGCCUAGUUCUUCAAGCAUAAAGUUUCUUGAAAUAUUGAAUCAACAAAAUAAAGGGACAGGUGCUAAUAUUUUUCAGAAAAGUACGAGCAAUGAGAAUUUUAUUGAUGAUUUACAUGUUAAUGAAAAUGAUAUCGAUGAUAAAUUAAACUUAGACUCUGAACAUGACGAAUCUUUCUAUUCUUGGUCAUCCUCUCCAAUGGAAUAUCAACAUCUGGCUUUAUCUGGACUUAAAGAUCAGUUCAACAAUGAAUGUCAAUCUUCUGAUACUAUAUUUCAACCUAAAUUGUCUAAUACGACUUUAUUUGAAGAGAUUAUUUGUGAAACAGAAGUAUCUAAUUCCUUAGAUUCAUUAGAAAUAGAUUCAGGGAAUCCUAAAGAUUUAAAGAAUAGUGCUUUAAAAGAAAAUCAUUCUGCGUUACAGGUAGGUCAGAAAAAUGAACAGUUUCAGGAUUCCAGGAGAAUUCCUUUUUUAAAUAAGGCUGAAGAUCAUAUUGAACUUGUUAAAUCUGAAAUGAAAACUCGUAAAAGAAUUUCAUCUGAUAUAUUAAAUAAAUCAGAUAUUCAUAAAAUUGAUAAUAUUCAAAAUUUUAAAUUUGAAUCUAAAGAUAUUCAGAAAAAACCUAUACAACAAAAAAAAAAUAAAAAGCUUCCAGGUCUUUUUCUUUCUGAGGAACAAAAAACUGUUCUUAAGAUUAUUGUUGAAGAACGUGAAAGUAUUUUUUUUACUGGAUCUGCUGGUACUGGGAAAUCUGUACUUUUGAGAGAAAUUAUUGCCUCGCUUCGCAAGAAAUAUGCUAAGGAGCCCGAUCGUGUUGCUAUUACUGCUUCAACAGGUCUUGCUGCAUGCAAUAUUGGUGGUGUCACUCUUCAUUCUUAUGCUGGUAUUGGCUUAGGUAGAGAUUCUUGGGAAGAUCUAUGUAAAAAAAUCAGGAAAAAUAAGAAAUGUUUAUCUAGAUGGUUAAGGACUAAAGUUCUUAUUAUUGAUGAGAUUUCAAUGGUAGAUGCUGAGUUAUUUGAUAAGCUUGAAAAUAUUGCUAGGAAAAUAAGAAAUAAUGAAAAUCCAUUUGGUGGAAUUCAGAUGAUUGUAACUGGUGAUUUCUUUCAGCUUCCUCCUGUACCUGAUCAAGGAAAAAUCUCUAAAUUCGCUUUUGAAGCCAAAAAGUGGAAGGAUGUUAUUUCUCAUACUAUAGCAUUGACUCAUGUUUUUCGUCAAAAGGACCAAGAUUUUGUUGAAAUGCUUAAUGAAUUGCGUUUGGGGCGUUUGUCUUAUAAUUCUAUUAGUAAAUUUCGUUCUUUAGAUAGGGAACUUCAAUUUGAUGAUGGUCUUGAACCUACAGAGCUGUUUCCUACACGCAAUGAAGUUGAUCAGGCAAAUGCAACUCGUAUGCGUUCUCUUAGUGGUGCUUUGCGGACAUUUGAAGCAUUGGAUUCUGGAACUGUUGAUAAAGUUCAGAGAGAUAAAUUACUUUCUAGUUGUAUGGCACCAGCCCGAAUAGAUCUUAAAGAAGGCGCACAAGUAAUGUUAAUAAAAAAUUUUGAUGAUCAAUUGGUAAAUGGAUCGCUGGGAAAAGUUAUAGGGUUUAUGAAUGAAAAAACAUUCCAAAUAUGGCAAGAGGAUGAGCCUGAUGAUGAUCCAUUUAAUUAUCAUGAGCAAAUUGAUGAUUCUAAUAUUGAUGAAAUAAAAAAGCGUAAAAAGAGAAGAAUAGCAAAAAUGCAAUCAGCUGCAGCUACUGGGAAAUUGUGGCCUCUUGUUAGAUUUACAUUGUCUAAUGGCUUAACCCGAGAUAUGUUAGUACAACCUGAGCAAUGGAAAAUAGAGCUUCCAAAUGGUGAAGUGCAGGCGAGUCGUUCUCAAAUACCACUUAUUUUGGCCUACGCAAUUAGUAUUCAUAAGGCUCAGGGACAGACUUUAGAAAGAGUUAAGGUUGAUUUAGGAAGAGUUUUUGAAAAAGGACAAGCUUAUGUUGCUUUGUCUCGUGCUACGUCCCAAAAAGGUCUUCAGGUUUUGCACUUUGAAGCUCGAAAAGUGAUGGCUCAUCCUAAAGUAAGUUUAUUCUAUAAAAGUCUUGUAAAUACUGGAGACUUAAAAAGAAAAACUAAUAUUAGCUCUAACUUUAAUAAAGAAAAAAAUAUAGAUGAUUUUUCAAAGAAUUAUGUGGAUUAGUAUGUUUUAAGAAAAAUUGCAUUUAUGAUGAUGU